AUGUCUAACGCUGCCGUUCUGGCUGAUGUUGAGAGGAUCUGGAAGGAGCAGUUAACCGACCAGCCGAAGCAGACACCCGAACAAAUUAAGGCAGCCAAGGCUGUUCUUGAGCUAUUCGAGGCGACCUUCACUUAUAACGACUACAACGUUACCCGUCGCCUUGUCUCAAAGGACUAUAAACAGCAUAAUCAAACCGUCGGAACCGGCCAGGAGUCCAUCCUCGAGUUUGCAAGGCGGGAGUGCGCGGAUCCGGCUACGCGGCCACUUUUCACCUAUAAGCGUAUCUUAGUGGAUGGCCAGUACGUUAUUGUUCACCUCUACGUCAACCAGCGCAAUGGAGGCGAGGAUCUUAAGGUUAUUGAGAUCUUCCGCUAUGAAGAUGGCGUAUUUACUGAGCAUUGGGAUGUCAUGGCCCCAAUCCCCCCUGAGUCUGAAACUUCCAACAGCGCCUUCUGA